AUGGAGGACCCAUCGCCUUCGCAAUUACUCCGAUUUACUCUCACGAGCUCCAAUCCUCUCAGUUCUGAGACGAAGAGUGAUUCACUCUUGCGAGAACGAAUUCUAUCUCUCAUCGAUGCAGAGUGGGUGUCGGGCAAUCCACCCCCGGCCUUAUGGUGUGCCCUCAAGGGAGUGCACCCCACAACUCGAAAAGAAGAAGCAAAGCGUCUUCAUUCGGUCAAUGAUAUAUCAUCUCUAAGAACCGUUAUUGAGAGACUGGCUGUAGACAAGCAGGGUGCGAAGUUGCUUCACUCUUACUUUAACGCUACUGGGGUCGUACGACGGUGUGAAGAGAACAACACAUAUUCCGAGCUCGUUUCGGCACUGGGAGAUAUCACUACACGACUGAUUCGUCUCGAGUUGCCUCGACUGGGUACUGAUCAUGGUCUUCAGUAUGCUGCGCUCGAUCUUUCAAUGCCUGCUUUCCAGAGCUUCUUGCACGAUCGCCAGGAAUCUUUUGCCCCUCCAUUAAGCUUUGCCAACGCUGGCUCUGUCAUCAACGCGCUAUUCGAGUCGAUAGAAUCUGUGCUCUUUGAAAGACCAAACUACGAUACGAGAUACAUCCUUGCCAGUCUCACUGGUGAGGGAGAGCAGGCUCCUCGAGAGCAUCCAACAUUACAUGAGAUUCUACAUGGUUCUCGGGAUAAAGAUCGACGAAACUGGGCGACAUAUCUCUGUGUGCUCGCCAGGCUCCACAGUCGGGAUGCCCUCAUCACCUCGUGGAAACAAUACAUGGCCAAUUUUGACAGGACGAGUCAAGAUGCAUGUCACUUGGCCUACAAUGUUGUCCUAGCUCUUGUCCGCUCCAGACGGUCCGACGAAGCUGCGGUGCUUUUGGAAGAUAUCUCGCAGCGUAGCAAGGAUAACUUGCCACACAUUGCGACACUUCGGAACGUGCAAACUCUUCUCGAGGAUCCGAUGGUCAGCGAAGCUCUUCCAGAUUUGGUUAAAGGCUGUCACUAUGAAGAACUCCUUGAAUCACGCCUCGUGGACAUGGAAUCCAGACUAGGUAUCCGAUGGGAGGAACUUCAAUGGUCAGCGAAGGGCAAAGGCCAUGUUGGAAUAACUCCAGAUUCUCCAUGGACAGUCUUCAAAGACCAGCCUUUGCUCACCAUCGACGGCAACUGCGCUGGCUACGAGGAUCCAGUGCGACUCUGGUCUGAAGUUCAAGCUCGUGGUUGCUCUAAGUCGCGGAACGAUCUCCGGCAGAUCGUUGAUGUCCUGAAUGAGCAAGAUGGCACCGCCCAAAGAGUGGCCGUCUGGCCUGUUGAUCAGGAAAUGCAGGACUUUUUCCAAUCCCAUUUCCCAUCCGUCGAGUUCCAGUGGAACCCCGAACACUCGCCCCUCGAAUUCUCUGAGACUCCUCUUCCAGCCCUGUACGACCGUUCCGACAAGUGCACACCUGCCACGCUAGGGUUGCUCCGGGCUCGUGCGGCAGUCAACGGUGUGCCCCAAGAUACCAACAAAUGCUUGCGUUUGAUACAGCUGGGUACCCUGGACAUGCGCUUCGGAGCAGAAGACGAAUGGCUACGGUCAGGGUAUAUCGUAGCCUGGGAUCGACAAUUUGGCGAAAUGAUCGCCCUAUACGUGGGGGCAGGCUCUGGAAUCAUCGACCGUGGCCCAACAUCACCAAACGCCCCGUUUGGAGCUAUCGUGCACAUUCGGCCAGCACAAGUGUCGAGCAACGAGCAUUGGCCUUCAGAUCGACAUUCCCGGAUGCCCGCGAGAUCGUACUACCUGGACCUCGAUCCGAGUCCCGAUCUGGGAUUUCGCUAG